AAACCCUAGUUUGUCAUUCUUGCAAAAGAAGUCAAUCCAGUUUCUAGCGGCUGGUACUAAAGAAGAAGCAAUUGAAAACAUGGCUACGGCGGCGUAUCAGGUACCAGUGAAGCCUGCAAAGCAUGGUUUGGAGGAGCAUCAAAAAGAACCGAUUCGUAAGAUUAGGAUCACACUCUCCUCCACCAAAGUGAAGAACGUUGAGAAAGUAUGCAGUGAUCUAAUACAGAGAGCCAAGGAACAAAAGGAUUCUAUCAAGACUAAGGGUCCAGUGCGCAUGCCCACAAAGACUCUUCGCAUCACUACUAGGAAGGCCCCUUGUGGAGAAGGAACCAACACCUGGGAUAGGUUCGAGAUGCGUAUUCAUAAAAGAGUGAUCGACAUCUUCACCACUCCUGGGACAGUCAGGAAGAUUACUAAAAUUGACAUGUUACCAGGCGUGGAAGUUGAAGUUACCAUUGGCGACAUCUGAUCGACCAUUUGAGUGUUCGAGUUGGUAUUGCACGUGUUGGCAUAUGCAUGCUUAUACGGCUUCAGUUUCUUGAUAUAUUUUUUUUCUCUUCAUUUUGGUACUGUGUUCCCAUGGAUAAUACGUAUUAUUAGCAUGGGAGCGUCAUUUUAGUUUGAGCUAGUGGUGUUGCUUAACCCUAAGUACUUUAUCUUUGCGAUUUGGGUUUUUUUU